AUGUAUAAGACCAUCAAUAAGGUGUUUCACAACCAUGGUGGCAAGAAGAAAACGAGAGGAGAGGCUUCGGAGAGCAUCAAUCGCAGCCACAGCUCCGAGAAAUCUCAGAAUGCCGUUCCCUACGCCGGAACGCCAAUCCCACAACACGUGGCCGUGGCGGCGGCGCAGGACCUGCGCCCAGAUUCGCCGCUGCGCUUGGGCUCACCGUCGAUUGCGGCGAUUGGUGAGGCCACGCUUAAGAAGAUCGUGAAGCGUGCGUUCUACGGCGAGGGAUCAGGCGCGCCGGCGGGGAGGCUGAAGGAGGUCCCGACGGAGAUGCUGGCGUUCGAAAUCGGCAGCAUCAUGCGGCGCAUGCUCGAAAUCUACGACUCCAUGGCGGAGAAGAUGCUCUCGUCCUUACGCUCCAACCUCCAGGCUCCGGGAGUGGUCACGCUCAUUUCCAAUGACCUUCGGGUGCUCUGGGGCCUCGCAGGGUACGAGAAGCACGAGGAGCUGCGCGUGGUGGCGGCGCGCGUGGCGGUGCUGGGGCGCAAGGGCGCGGACGUGCGGCUGCGGCGGCUGGAGCGCGUGUUGGCGCACCUGGACUCGCCGGACGCCAACUACAAGGACUUCGCCGUCUCCUCCGCCGAGGGCGAGGUGCUCCUCAGGUUCAUGCGGGAGCAGGCGGAGGCGACCAACACGCUCAAGGCGGAGAUGGAAGCCAUUCAGCUGCUGCACUCCCGCAUACAGGAGUACGGGGAGUGGAACUCGCUGCAGGAGAUGGUGACGCAGGGCAAGCUGGUGGAGAAGCUGCAGGGCCACUGCCUCUGGGCCUACAACCUCGACUACCUCGUGCAGCUGCUGGUGGUGGCGGCGUGCUACGUGCGCAAGAAGAUCUUCGCGUCGUUCGGCCACGGCAUGUGCCCGGCGCGCAUCCGCGACGCGUCGCUGGGGUCGGCGGGGCUGGCGCUGCACUACGCGAACGUGGUGGUGCUGCUGGAGCGCAUCAUCCAGCAGCCCGACGCCGUGCUGGGCCCCACGCGCGACGAGCUCUACGACAUGCUGCCGCGCUCCAUCCAGUACCUGCUGCGCGUGCAGCUGCAGGACCCGCUCAACUUCACCGCUGAUGGGCGCGUGGAGGCGAACCUGAAGCGCGGGCUGCUGCUGCUGCCCACCAUGGCGCACAACACCAUCCACUGGCACUCGCUGCACACGCCGGGCGCGGCUCUUGACUUCGGCGAAAUGGUCUUCCAAGUGCAGACGUUUUACUACGCGAACGUGGCGGCGGUGAACGCGACGCUGGUGGACGUGCUGCUGGGGCUGUGCCGCAUCUGCGGCGUCGAGGCGCCCAUCGGCAGCAUCUCCCUGCACGCGCCCGCCACCGCCGACUACUCGCUCGCGCUCGCGCGCAGCCAGGAGGAGGACGAGCGCGGUUUCCGCCGGCAGUGGGGCAUGGAGGCGCGCGAGGAGGACUGGUUCGGCGGGCAGGUCUUCAAGGUCGCGGACGAGCGCAGGGGGCCGCGCAGGGACGCCGCGCAGGGGGGCGCGCACGCUGGGGGGUUUGUGGAGGGCGGGGGAUACGGGGGAGGCGGGUACGGUGGUGGGAGCGAGGGGCAGUUCAAUGGGGGCGAGUACGGCGAGCAGGGAGGGCAGUGGCAGGUGCAGGGCGGGGGGAUGGACGGCAGCGGGGACGGACGAGCAGCAGCGGCGUCAGGGAGCAUGGGAGGAGGGGCGUUUGCGCGGGUGCGGGUGGGGCAGGAGGAGGGGCGGGGGGCGUCGAUGGAGCGGCGCAGCGGCAGCUGGGUGUCGGACGCGUCCACAGAUGACAACACCACCUUCGGCGCCUCCUCGCCCUCCCUCUCCCUCUCCGAGGCCGGCAGCGCCUCCAGCGCCAAGCCCACCCGCGGGCGCUCCUCCCGGCUGUCGCGCGACCCGUCGCUGUCCACGGACGGCCCCUCCACGCCCUCCAGCCUCGCCUCUGAUCGCGACGGCUAUGCUGCUGAGGCCCCGGGCGCAGGGGAUGGAGUGGGUGGGGGCAGGGGUGGACAGGGCGCAGCAGCUCCGCUGGCUGGUAGGAAAGCGAGCCGCACGUCCAGCCGCAAGGGCAGCAGCGGCGGCAAUAACGGCUCCGACCGCCCCUCCACUCCGCCCAUGUUCUCCCCCUUGCGCUCCCCUUCUGCGGAUCUCCCCCCCACCACCCCCCCACACCACUCUCGCACUCCCCAACGCUCGCCCAGACAAGGGACGGGAGGAGAUGGGGACGGGGGAGGGGGAGGUGGAGGGGAAGGGGGGGCGGGUUGGGGUGGGCACAGCGAGGGGCGCAAAAGUCGGAGCAAGAAGGGAGCAAGAGGGAGCAGCAGCAGCAGUGGCGGCGGGGGAGAGGGUGGUUUCUUCAGCAGCAGCGGCAGCUUCAAGGACCACGGCUCAUCGCCAAUGCGCCCCUCAAACCUGUCGGUGCCGGCGUCCGUGUCAUCAUCGCCCUCACCCUCGUCCGUGCCGCGCCAGGUGAGCGCCGACGCGCUGUCGGUGGGGUCUAACGACAGCGACGGCCGCUGGUCCUCCUCGCUCUCGCGCCGCUCCUCACGCUGGGCCGGCGUGGUGGGCUUCGGCAAGUCCAAGUCGUCCCGCCUGCCCGAGGGGGCGCCGCCCAUGCCGCCACCACCGGCGGUGGUUGGGGGGGUGCAGGAGAGCGUGGCGGGCAGCAGCGUGGAGGAGGGAGGGGCGCUGGCGGGGGAGAAUCCGUACGACGACCCGGCGUUUGCAGGGCUGGACACGCCGACGCUGCGCAAGGCCAUGCAGAGCGGCGGGCUGGUGGGGUGCUUCACAGGGGGCUCGAGCGUGGCGGACUCGGACUCAGAGGCGGAGAGCCUGUCGUCCGUCGGCAGCCACUCCUCCCGCCCCGCCAGCACCUCCUCGCGCUCGCGCCGCAGCAGCAGAGCACCCGAGGGGCCGGGCGACGGAGGGCAGGGGCAGGCAGGGCGCGGGCGAGGAGAACUCUCGCACUCACCCGUCGUCAGGGAGAGCUUAUCGUCCCUUUCACCCACUGAUGACACGAUCCCCUUUCCUUCGGGAAUAGCACGCCACAUCAUACUUCUUCCUCUUACUGGGAUUAUACAUCGACCCACCUGCUUCUCCCCUCCACUGUGCCACCUAGCUCAGGUACCCCCGGUCGCGUCGGCCUCUUCAACGGCUUCAGAGGACCCGUUCAAGGAGUACUAUGACAACGAUAUGAAAAUCCUUAAUCGGGCUUAUCCGAAAUUGGGAAACAAUGCUUCUGAUCAUGUAAAGAGAAGUGAAAAUCUGGGGGAAUAUAUUCGUGAUUUGAAGGCAUGCGUCAACGCUGCUGCCAAGUCGUACUCUUCGAAAAGGAUGGCAGAGGCCAGGCUUGAAGAAGAGAGGAAACUGAGGCAACGUGCAGAAGUCAACGUAUCGGAGCUGGAGGCAGAAGUUGCACGGCUGAAGGAGGACAAGGAGCAGCUUCGCACCCAGCUGCUGCUGCUGCAGUCCCACGCGCACGCGGCAACACAAGCUGAACGGCAGCGCAUGGCAUUGGUGAAUCGCUCCUUUACUUCAUUCAACUCAAUGGCGCACACUGAACUAGCAGCAGAGCAAACUGCAACAGAAGCAGAGCAAACUGCAGCAGAAGCAGAGCCAACAGCAGUAGCAGCAGAGCCAACAGCAGCAGUAGCGGCAGGAGGAGCAGCAGAAGUAGAGGAGGCACCAGAAGCAGUAGUGGCAGGGGUAGUAGCAGGGGGUAUGGCAGCAGAGGUUGGCGUUGCAGUGGGUGCUGCUGGCACAGGGGUUGCUCCAGAAGCAGCAGUGGCGUUGAGUGACGCAGGGGCCACCGCUGUAGCAGCCGUUGCAGCAGUGGCAGCAGAGGGAGCUGCAGUGGGUCCGGUGGUGGGAACAGGGAGAAUGGUCAUGGUGACAAGGGCAGCACUCCUGCCUGGUCUAGCUCGAUGGGGAAAGGGCGUAGUGUUCAGCUGA